CAGUAAAUUCAUCAAGGAAAAAAUGGGUGAUGAAAACCCAAAGAAAAUAUUAUUUAACAAAUCAAUUCUGUUGAGCUUAAAAGCAGAACUUCUCAAAAAACAAGAGGAGGUACAAGAAAAGAAAAACUACUCUCAGCAUAAAAUAGAACAUUUUAAGCCCAAGCGCAGAUCAAGUAAGAAAAGUGAAGAAAUUAAAGAAACUGAGAAAAACAAAAGAUCUUUGCUUGACAAUUUGAAAGCUGUAGAUACUGAUGAAAUCGAAGCUUGCAGGAAAUCAAAGUUGGCUUUAGAGAAGAAGGCACAGCUGUAUGAGCACCUGGCAGACGGAGCGGGGGACUCACAACUUUCUGGCCGUUUCCUUGUCAACUUCAAACAGAAGAAGCAAAAUGAACCUCCCCCUGAUCCACCUGAACCGGAGACAAAAGCUGAGGAAGAUCACACAAUUUUGGAUGAUAGUGAUUGGGUGGAAUUUACAGACUUCCUUGGCAGAACUCGAAAAUGCCUAAAAUCAGACCUAGAUUACUACAAAGAGAGGGAUGAAAAACUUCAAGAGGUGUUAUCUAAGAGGAACCUUGAGGAAAAUAAAAAUACCCAAGAACAACGGAAGGUUGAGAGGACACUGCUAGUACAAACAACCACGGACUAUCUUCAGUCACUACGGGAGAAAUGGGAACAAAAAGAAAGAGAACUCCUGGCGAAAGACAGAGAUAUACAUUACCAAGAUCUGCUGUUUGACGAGGCCAGAGUUCACGGCGUCGGCUACUAUUCCUUCAGCACCGACGAGGAUGAAAGAAAGAGACAAAUGGAGGAGUUGCUGCGACAAAGGAAAGAGACGGUGCAGGCGCAGGAGCAAGCUUUGGAGGCGAGGCGGAAGCGGGAAGAGUUGGUCGCGGCGCGAGUGGCGGCGGCCAGAGCGAGACAACGGGCUAGAGCUGGCUUGCCUCCUGAAGACCCGGAAGAGAAAAAAGAGGAGUACACAAAACAUUUGUUGGAGUUCUUGAAUCAACAAAAGUACGAGGCAGAUGCUAAAGCCAAAGAGGAAGAGAGAAAGAAAAAAGAAGAAAUUGAAAAGGAGAGGCAAAAAUUGCGCGAGGCAUACGUACGUGAUUGGGACAUUGGCAAAGAAGGCGUAGAAGAUAAAGUUAAGAAAUUCCGUGAAAUGACUCAAGAAGAAUAUGUUGAACAACAAAGAUCGAAAAGGAUUGACGAGUUUGCGCCUGUUAAAGAUGAUCACCACUCAAAAGCAUCCAAAUAUGUUUUUGAUGAGCACGGCCGAAAAGUCAAUACUGAAAGCGAUAAGCCAGCGGAGAAAACUUGGGCAAGCGUUAGAAAAAUAGAAGAACCGAGUAUGACGUUCGAUGAAUUUGUAGACAAUGAAAUGGGUGAACAUUUAAAAGGUCUCUUUUUUACCAGUAAAAAGCCAAAGAAGAUAAAUUAUAAAAACUUUGUUAAACAACAGGAACUUGUGCCCAUACAAAAUGAAUUAGAUAACGAGGAAGGUACUACUGAGAAGAAGAUAGAAAAAAGAAAAUUACUUAAUGAAGGAGCGGAAAUUGAACCGCCUUCUACUUUUGAUUACUAUGGACCUGUAUCUAAACACAGAAAACCACAAAAACCUUUUGAUUCUGAUUUAUCAGAAGCGUUUGCACAGGGGUCAAAAAGCUUAGAACCUAAAGAGAGCAAGGCUCGUAUUUCCAAACAAUACGACUUCUUUGAUUUAUAAUACAUAUUAUGUA